AUGGCGCUUUCUUUUGAAACGAACAUUUCCACCCAAGUGGCCGUUAAGAAUGCGGAAAGAGUAUCCAAAAAGCGAUCCUACCAAGAAUGUUCGAAAGCAGAGCCUAGAAAUCUGUGUUCCCUUGAUAACCCACUGGCUAUCGACAGAAAGACACAAGAUUCAGCUGAACAACCAGUUGAUCGGCCCAAAUCCGCACACAAGUCGACUCGGAAGCCGGUUCGACGACUACGCCCUACCCGUACUCGAAACUCUGACCACAGACCGGAAGCAACUGGCUUUCUGCCGCCCGCUUUAUCAUAUCGACCUCACCUACCAGCACCCCGUCAUCUCGGGCUUCUUCCAUCCUCUCAACUACCCUAUGCCAUACCAACUAGUCAUCACACCAGUCUAAGUACUAGUUGGUUGGAUAGGCAGCCUAAAUGCGGACACGGGGAAAACAUCAGUGAGCAGGCAGUCGGGGCACAGCAGCAAACCAACCAACCGCCCUCGAACUACAGCCUCGAACAAGGCUUCCAAAAAGUGCCGCCCGAAAUAAGGGAUAUAAUUCUCAAAGAUAUGGACUGCCACACAAUGUUGUCCUUGCUUAGAGCAAACCCCUGGUUUCACACCAUAAUCAACGCGUCAAAGUUCGCCACCGAAACACUGGUAGCACACAUCAUGGAUCUCGAGAGAAGCGAAACGGAAAACCUGGGUUGCUUCGUCUGUUAUAACAUGCGCCCACGAGCGGAGUUCGGACACAAUCAGCCCACAACAGCUAUCAAGUACUCUGAUGGACGAUUGGAGCCGUACGACGAUGACGAGCCAGCCUCAGUUCCGAAAUCAGCCAGGACUGUGUCGUUACGUAGGUUUUGUAUGAGCUGUGGCGUCCAGGUUGGCAUGCACCGACGCGGCAAUCGUCUGAUAUCAAUGGCUGGAAACCAUCAUUGGGUAUGCUACUGCCAGACACUACGUGCUAUUCCAAACGAAGGUGCAGACCAAGGCAAAGACACCUGCCCAAGGUGUCAACAGACAAGUCCCCUUCGGAAUCCGGAACACGAUUAA